GGCACUCCAGCCAUCUCUGUGGCGAGGUGUUAUAAAUCCAGAGUGCCCUUCAGAACAUGUGACUCUGAUCUUCAAAGUGGAGCAAUCCAUAUUUUUGAGGGAACAAACAUAUUUCCUUAAGAUCAAGCAUCGACUCAAGAAUGUCUGCCUAGUUAUCUGUCAGGUCAUGUACACAGCAGAGACUUGGCAGACACUUUGAUUUGAGCUCCAGUUGACGAUGAAGUAGGCUACGGUGGGAGCAGAAACACUUGAGGAAAAAGGGAGAGAAGACAAGGUCAGGGGCACUUUGAGAAGGAAGCAGAGACUGACAAGAGAAAAAGAUGCAGAAGUUUCAGACAAGUUUGGGCUGUUUGUUCCUUCUCUCUGUCAUCUGCUGUAGCGAGCCCCGACAGCUGAAGUAUGUCGUCGCUGUGUUCCGACAUGGUGAUCGAUCGCCUAUUGAGUCAUACCCCAGAGAUCCACACGGGGAGGAAGUGUGGGCCCAGGGCUUUGGACAACUCUCCGAGCUGGGCAUGAAACAGCACUUUGAGCUGGGAAGAUUUCUGCGGAGGCGUUAUGGAAACUUUCUCAGUGAAGACUAUGACAACAAUGAGUUGUAUGUCCGGAGCACUGACUACGAUCGCACUCUGAUGAGUGCCCAAGCCUGCCUCGCCGGGAUGUUUCCGCCAGCCAGACGACCGCCUCCCAUCAUGCCCCAGUUACUGUGGAGGCCGAUUCCGGUGCACACUGUCCCCCGGGCCCAAGACAAGCUGUUGAAGUCUGCAGGCAAAGACUGUCCAAGGUUCAGAGCUUUAAUGAUGGAGACCUUUGAGAGUGCCUCCUAUCAGAGGUUCCUCAGAGCCCAUCAGCACUUUGUGAAGGAACUCUCCAACCACACUGGUUACCCCGUCUCAAAACUGGUUGGUAAAAAAAUAUGGAGGGUCUACGACACGCUUAGCUGCCAGAGGAUCCAUAACCUGACUCUCCCACGCUGGGCCACCCAGGACGUCCUGGACACCCUGAAGAGAGUAGCAUCCUUUGAGGUCACGUACAGCAUCCUCAGUCACAAGCGAGAAGAGAAGGCCAGGCUCUUGGGAGGUGUCCUACUAAAUGCCAUCCUGAGGAAUUUCUCUGACGCUGCAGAGCAAAGGAGCUCUUUCAAAUUCAUUAUGUACUCAGCCCAUGACUCCACACUCAUCACCCUGCAGGCAGCCCUGGAAGUGUACAACGGGCUCCUUCCCCCGUACGCCGCCUGUCAACUCUUUGAGUUCUACCAGGAGUAUGAUGGAUCCUAUUCAGUGGGGCUGUAUUACCGCAAUGAAUCCUGGCGUGACCCUUUCCCGAAUCCUGUACCAGGAUGCAAUGGGAUGAACCCUUGCCCUGUAUCGGUGUUCACUGAGCUGAUGCAGGACGUAAUGCCAGAGGAGUGGGAUGUUGAGUGUGGGUUUAGAAGAAGAUGGUCAAGUGCAGGUGUCACCACGGCUCUUGCAGUGGCAGUGGGAGUCCUGGUAGUGGCGCUGUUGGUCAGUAUUGGUGUGGCGGUCCGCAGGCGGAGAGCACGCUACUCCAGAGAAGUGUAACACCGAGGGCCUUCGCUCACACAUGUGCCAAAAUACACAAAAACGUGUCUGUUUGUUUUUUUAUUUUUGUGUCUAUGUCAGAAGUUAGAAGCCCGUUUUUCAUAUCUAAAUUUUGAAAGAGAACUCGAAACAAACAGCAUACUAGAAUAUUCAUGAAAGUCAUUUUAAAGAGAAAGAAGAACGAAAAAAGAAAUAAAAAGAAAUGGUGGCAGGUAUCAGUAGGUUUUAUUUGGCUCAUUUUUGACAACAUGUACCCUUCUUGGUAGCAUCUAAUCUUCAUUCACUGUUUGGCUCAUUUGAUUUAACAUUCUUUGCUGUUCGAUUUCUCAUUGCUUUUCUGGGUCUUUGGCAACUGUGGAAUGACAAGAGAUUUGAUGAGUGUUAGGUUUUCUUUAAAUAAAUCCAAAUAUAAUACCGAUCAUUGUGUUUUCAAAUAAAUUGAACAUCCAUAGAUUGCAUAAAAAAGAUGGAUGAGGCAGCAGUGAUAUGGCCCUGCAGACCCCCCGUCCCCUCCACAGGAAAGUGUAUGGGGUGGGGUUACUGACAUACAGCAAAUGUCACUCCUAAAUAGGACCAUGAAAACCAUGCAGUUUUAAACGGCAAACGAGGGAAUUUGGGCGAUUUUCUCAAUAUAUUUGAAUGCAUUUGAACUUCAUUUGAACGCUUAUCAUGAAAAAGACUCCAGUAUUUGCUUCAUGUUUCCAACAUGGAGGCUGCUUCCAUCUUUUAUAUACAGUCUAAGCUGUCAUCAUAAGCAGAGUCAACUUUAUUCCAACUUUAUACCGUGGACUUCCAGCUUGCACUCCACUUCAUCCUUGCCCAGAUCGUUGACAGCCAUGCACGAGUAUUUGCCUCCAUCAAAAGUGCUCGGCUUCCGAAUGUUGAGGGUCAGCACGCCUUGGUUGUUCUGCAUCAAGAACUUGGGAUCCGCACCAAGGAUCAUUUUGUUUUUCAUCCAUACAAUCUUUGGCUAAAAUGCAGACAAGUUGAAAAGAAGUGCAAGAAACCUUUUAGAUUAGAUAAACAUUGUAUUUUUCUGCAACUUCUUGUCCUGAAAAGGCAGCUAAAAAAGGAUGACUUACCUUAAAAAUAACCCAAAUAAGAUCUGUGAAAAUGCCUCCUCCUGUGAAUCUAACUCCUCAGAUUAUUUCAACGUGCACAUUUACCUUGGGGUAGCCUCUCACGGCACAGCUGAUGGCUGUGCUGUACCCGGCUACAACAGAUCUGUCAAUCAGU